AUGCUCAGCCUCCCGGAGACAUUCACCCAGUUCACCGAGCUUGGCGAGGCAGAUAUCGGCACCCUGCACGGCGACCAUGUCUCCGUCGUGGUGAUUCAUAUCAAGAAUGCCAGACUCCUUAGGGACGAUUGGGCACCUGCCGUGCAGAUCCUCCAGGAUCAAUGGCACAGUAAGCGGCGGCAGCAGCAGCGGCAUCCGCAGCCCGAUGGGAAGCCGCUGUGUGGGGUUCUCUCGACCAGGGAUUCCUGUCGUUUCUAUACUGAGCCUACGGCCGGGGACGGCCCGCCGCAGCGCUUGCAGUACCAGGGUCGCAGCGAGUUUGCGCCCCCCGUGGAUGACAAGCACCCAGAGGUGUUUUUGGCUUUUCUAUGGACAUGCCUGGAUGGAUGUGGGGCUUCGGGUCUUGGUGUCGACCCGUCUUAA